GUCACUUGUCGUGUUCUGUGAGAAAACAGUAAAAAGGUCAAGAAUUGAUUGAUUAAUUGACUGAUCAGAGGACUAAAGAUGUGGAUGUGGAUGUGGCGCAGUGUCCUGUGUGUGUCUCUGGUUUGUGGUCUGGCUCUGGACUCAAACACCAUCAGAUCCUCUGAGCGACAGGUGGAGCGAGAAGCACACCGUCAGACAGAGGUGAGUUUGAACUCCCAUCGAGGAGAAACGACUCCAUGCUCCACACCUGACUGCGACGCACCUGCGAAGGCAGGCUGCAGUAACAGAGCUCAGAGGAGGCAGUCCUCUCAGGACAGACAGCUGGACGGACAGAGACAUAGAGACACAGAGUUUAACAGACAGAAAGACACCGAUAGCUUCAAUAGGACCAAAGGUCCAGAGAUGUCGAGUUGUGUCCGGUCUGGGGACUGUGCAGCUGGUCUGUGCUGCGCCCGUUAUUUGACUGGUAAACGGUGUCAGAGGAUCCCAGUGGAGGGCGAGGCCUGUCUGCUGCGAGGUUCCACCAAACUGAGGAGGAACCUGGGACGCUGCAACUGUGACACUGGGAUGUCCUGCAUCUCAGAGUCAAGCAAAAACAAGGGCCAGGGGGUGUGUCUACCCCGUCCAAGGCAGGGUCAGAGGAAAACAAGGCAUUCUGGGAAGAAGAGGAGAACAGCGGAGAGGAGCUGCUGAGAGCUUCAUUGUUACAUUUUUUAUUAAGUUCAGUUCAGUUUGUAGCAAUGUUAUUUAAGGUCACAUUGAACAGAUUAACAAUUUUCUCCACAUGGAGUCCUUCUUCAGAGGAGUUUGUCUUCAGAAGGAAGGGUGCUUGUUCAGGGAGAGAUCUUUCUUUAGAGAGGGAUCCUUCAUUGGAGAGGAACCCAUCUUCAGAGAAAAGACCAUCAUCAGAGAAGGAUCCUUCUUCAGAAGGAAGGGUCCUUCUUUGAAGAUAGAUCUAUCUUCAGAGCGAGAUCCUCCGGCAGAGGGGUUGACACUAAAAUGAAGUAUCCAAACUGCACUGAUUAUUUAAUCUUACAAACACACAAGGCAUUUCUAACCUGAUGAACCUUUUUAGAGUGAAUCUUUUGAAAAUGAAAAUGGUCAUCUCACAGAACUACCCUACUGUUUUCAUUUUACUUUGAUCUCCAGAAACCUUCACAUUAGACACUUAUAAUACAUUACACUUCAAAUGUUUCCCGUUUUACAUCUCUAUAUUUUGCAGUGUUUUAGUGUGUUUAUUAUUUAUUAACACAUGUAUAUUAUGUGUAUGAAACAAAUAAAGUUAACCUGGAUCUUU